AAUUACUCAUGCAAAACGGCUGAAUCCACUCGAAACUCCAUACAAAAAAGUGUUGUCAUACUCUGCCGUGCGCCCCUUUUUGGCAUUCUCGUUGAUCAUGUGGACCUUCUCACGGAUCGCUUUGUCACUGCAUCCAGCAUCGAGGAGGGACGCGCCUGUUUACGAGAGGGUUUUCAUGACAUUGAAAAAGUCCUGGAUGCAAUCUUGCAGGACUCCGUAAAGUACGAAACAAAAAAUGCGCGUUUUUACGUUCUGUUUGUGUACCUGCCUGCGGCAAACCAUGAAAAUCAGGACGUCACCUGUUGGAUACAAUAA